AUGCCCCGCCUGCCCGCACACUACCGGUACAUGCACGAACAUGGCAUCCGACAUCUGGUGUCACUCACGGAGCGCAGCCCGCCGUACCACGACACCUGCCCCGGCAUCCAGCUCCACCGCCUGCGUAUCGCCGACUUCUGCCCGCCUUCGCCUGAGCAAAUCCAGCGCUUCCUGCAGAUUGUGGACGAUGCCAACGCCAAGGGGGAGGUCAGUUUUCAUGCCGCCGUAUCAAGGCAAUUUCUCUAGCUGGUCUAGUGUUGUCUAUGCCGGGGGUGUAGAACUGGACUUUGAGCAGCGGGCUGGAUUCUUACCUCCUUGAGUUUCUUUUCCAACCUUAAGUCUCCACAUUUCCACAUCAGUUUGCGAUUUUUAAAAACAAUCCCCGUGAAAAUUUUGGCUUGAAUUUAUGAGCAAUUUUGUCAAAUAUAAUGUGUUUGCGUAUGUUAUUUUUAGUGUACAGUGGUACCUUGGGUUAAGUACUUAAUUCAUUCUGGAGGCCUGUUCUUAACCUGAAACUGUUCUUAACCUGAAGCACUACUUUAGCUAAUGGGGCCUCCUGCUGCUGCCGCACCGUUGGAGCACAAUUUCUGUUCUCAUCCUGAAGCAAAGUUCUUAACCUGAGGUAAUAUUUCUGGGUUAGAGCAGUAUGUAACCUGAAGCGUAUGUAACCUGAAGCGUAUGUAACCCGAGGUAUCACUGUACUGUAAUGUGCCAUUUUUACACUUUCGUUUGUGUGUCCGUGUAUUUGUACACAUUGCUUGACUGGAAAACUACCUUGUAAAAUUCGGAGAGGUACGGAUUUUGAUGUGUCGCUGUUUUUCCCCACUUGCACAUCGUUUCAGAAAGCGUGGAAUAGGUAGGUUCAAGAAGCAGCUCAGUAGCUUCACUAGCUUCACUGCAAGUGGGUCGCUGUGGGAGGGUGGGGAGGUGGCAGAGGUUCAGCCUGGUGCAAAAGCACCAGCAGAGCCAAUCCAGCACCUCACCUCUCCCUUGUGGUAAGCAACAGCGACCCACCCAAUGGAAACCCCACCUGGCAAACCGCUUCUGAUGUCUUCCUGUUCAAGUGCAUUUCCCUGAUGCUUCCCUAAUUUGCAAAAAACCAACAAAAAACACCCCACAUUUUUUUACAAGCAGAUUUCUUGCAAGAGAGGCCUUAAAAUUAAUGGCACUGAUUUGCAAGGCCCCAUCCAUACCUGAACUUUAAAUCACUAUUAUACCACUUUAACAAUCAUGGGUAAGCAUCCUUGGAAUUACAGUUUUUUAAAGGAUUCUGAGAGUUGUUAGGAUACUCCUAUUCCCUUCACAGAGCUGCAAUUGCCAGAGUGAUUUAACAAUUCCCAUUCCUAGGAAACCCUCCCUCAAUUGGCUGGUAGUUAGAAAGAUGAGAGGUGAGGGUUGAGCCUACAGUGAUGUGAUCUAGAAGCAAGAGAGAGGCAGAGCAAUGCUUGAUUUCUCUUUGAAUCCAAGGCUGUGGCUAUGAAGGAAAUGCCAGUCUUGGGGUGUGAAUGCAGGCUCAGGUUGUAUAUACAUGUAAAUAAACCAUAUAUCAUAAAUACACCACAGUCUCUACUGUGCCUCAUUCCAAAGGAAACACAAACCUUGGGUAUGUGCCUGGAACUCCUGGGAUCUCGCACCACUCAGAGGUCAGGGUAGCAUACGACAGUAGAGUGCAGACGUGCCAGGAGCUCUUUAAUUUCACAAAUGUUAAUUUCUUCAGGGGCCGGAGGGGCCCUUUCACGCUGCGGCUUUCCCUCUCUUCACCAGGCUGUGGCAGUGCAUUGCAUGCUGGGAUUUGGCAGAACUGGAACCAUGUUGGCCUGUUACCUCGCCAAGACCCAGAAGAUCACUGGCGUCGACGCCAUCCACGAGAUCCGCAAGCUGCGGCCAGGCUCCAUCGAGACCCACGACCAGGAGAAGGCCGUUGUCCAGUUCCACCACCGUAUCAAAUAG